AAUGACGCCCCUCUCCUUCCUCGAAACCAACUUCGCAAGGUUCACUCUUCUGUAUAUCGCGUGCGUCGUCGCACUCGCUCUCAGGCAUUCGUCCAACCGUAUCGCGGCCUUCCCAAUUCUGUGCGCUAUAUAUGGCUCCAUGAUCGCCCAACCUCCAACAUAUCGCUUUCCUACAAACAUGGAAUAUCAGUUCGGGUUAUCAGGGGCCGUCUACCUUCUCCAAGCAGCCAGCCACCUCCUUCUCAAUGAUUCCAUUGACUUGCGACGAAAGGGACAAGAGAAGAGCGCAACGGAACUCUCCUUCCUAUCCAGACUGGCAUGGAGCACGAAUUUACUCAACAAUAACCGUGGCGUCAAUUGGACCUGCGAAGUUCGAGGGCUUCGUCACUCAUCCCUUCCCCGUUGGGCAUUUGUCCGGUCACAGGUCCUAUGGGCGGUCCUGUUCUAUCUCUGUACGGAUUUGUUAUCCAUCCUUUCCCGCGAAAAUCCCGCAUCCAGAUCAGGAGGCGGAGAGGCGAUGGGUGCACAAGGAAUUGCACGGCAGAUAUGGAAUGCAAAUUCCAUGUGGCUCUCGGUUUAUUGCUUCAUGCAGUUCCACCAUACAAUGGGUUCGAUUAUCGCAGUUUCUCUGGGUCUGUCGGAUCCGGACGAUUGGCCUGCAUGGUUUGGACCGCUUGAGCAGACGGUCUCGGUCAGGAAAUUCUGGGGACAAACUUGGCACCAAGGCCUACGUUUGGGUUUAUCCUCCCAUGGACAAUAUCUUGCCAACACGAUCCUUGGCUUCCCAAAAGGUUCCCAGCGGUCAUCAUACACGCAGCUUUAUACCGCGUUUCUCAUGUCUGGUGUCCUUCACGGAACCGCCGACUUUGUCGUAACACAUCAAUUCCCUUCUUUCAAGAGAAACGUGGCCUAUUACAUCCUCCAAGCCGCGGUGAUAACCUUCGAGGACGUGAUUAUCGCUCUUGCGAAGAAGGCCAACGUUCGACGAGUACCGAAGGUUUUGACCUAUCUGUGGGUGAUAUGUUGGCUCGGAUGGAGCAGCCCAAUAUGGUUCGAAACUCUGGUCACGGGUGGAAUGGGAGACUUUGCACCGCCUGUUUCUUUGAUCAGUAAAUUAUGGCUUUA